CGCGUCAUCAGUUACUCACAGAAACGCGUGGCGGGAGCGCGCUUUUUUGACAUAUUCAUUGUACAAACUAAUGAACUAUUAAUAGUUAAGCCACUUAUUAAUCAGACGGUGCAACGUUCCAAAUAUCUGUGUUAACUUGGUCGUUUUAAAAUCUUCUAGUGUGUGGACGUUUAAAAUUAUUACACUAAGGAUAUCGUUUAUUAAAACUAUUUAUCUGGGGAGCCAUGCCGGCGACGUUAUCAGUGCGCGAAGGAUCAUACAACACUCGCUACGCCAUUUAAGACGAGAUCUUGAUAAAUAUAAAACAAACGCGCACAUCCGUUUCUAUACUUUAAAAGUUUCGUAAAAGAAUUAAAUAGUGGGUUAACAAAUUUCGUAAUAAAAUUCAAUAGACUACAAGUGAGCGCCAUUUUGAGGCGGUCAUUUUGUGAUAGUGCAGUGAACUUGUGUGACAAAAUGGCGACGACCGGCAGUGAGAUGUGGCUGCAGUGGUUCGCGUGUUGCUACCAGCCGGCUGCGCAGGCGCAGCGCACGCGGCGAAGAAUAGACCGCUCUAUGAUCGGAGCACCUACGAACUUCCAACAUACGGGACACAUAGGGUCUACUGACGUGGACAUGCCAUCAUCAUUGCUGCAUACGAUACAGAACCAGAUGCAGAGCAAAGGUGGCUACGAAAUGGCUUAUGGUGUUAAGGUCUACUAAAGCGGCGGUUUCCUUGGACUUUAGUGAAUGCAGAGUGAACAGUAACCAAUCAACAUGUGUUGUACGCUCUACACUAUAUUUAUUAUUAAAAUCCGUAGAAUUUAAGUUUUAAUUUUUAAGAUACUUUUGUGUACAUAAGUCAUGACCGAAUUCGGUGAAAAAAAAUCUAAAAAGUUACCUAAGUGAAAAUAACACGAAUGUCACCUUUGCGCACAAGGUUAUUAAUUAAAAACACAAUAAUGUGAACGGAAACUUCGACACUAUACUAAAGAAAACAAUGAAUAAAUUAAAAAUUAAAAACCAGUUUUAAUGCGUUUGGUAACUUUCAAGACAAAUUUAAAAUGUAUACAGUUUUGUAUGCGCUGAAUGUGAAUGUCGUAGAGAAAAUUUCGUUCACAUUUUGGAUUUUUUUUCUACGACUCACAAACUAAAAUAUCAAUAGUUAAUAGGAUUCCUUUACAACGAAUGUAUAGAGUAUUUAAUUUUUAUUUAAAUAGUACUAGAGAUAUUUGUUGCCAAACUUUUACUAAAAACAAUAUAAUAAAGUAUUGACUUGUCUCACCAAUACACAUAAUAAAGGUGCAAAGGUAAUGCAUUUUAUAUCAUUAACACGUUGAGCGCCACGCGUAUUUCUAAGACAAUGCCGUUCAGGCCACGAGCGCUGCUUAUACGCACUGGUAUUAAAAGGCCGGUGUUUCCGAUCGCAGUACAAAAUAGUUUACAUUUUUGACGCAAAUUGUUAAAAAAUUUAUAGUUCUUAUGUUACAAGCUGUCGGCCAACGAUGGCUGACGCGGCUUAAACGGAAAGUCUAGUGUCAGCCACCGAUGGCUAACGCGGCGCUCAACGUGUAAAAUUUUAUGUAUCCAUAUUGAGAUGUGCACAAAAAAUACAUUUUUUUUUCUUCAAAAAAAUGUGGAAACAGAAAAGAACCUGUUAAAUAUUUCAUUUCAAUUUAUUAUAGAAAAUGAUUUUGUAGAAAUAACCGUAUUUUAGAAGUGUUUUUUCUUCCUAUCGUGAUAUUUUGUUAAUAUGUAAGAUAAUGUAUAUCCCGGCAUGUCAGAUUUCGGAUUAAUUUAUGUUUUUAUUUUAUCCUAGUAUAUUUUAUAGCAUGACUCAUAUUAGUAUUUAUCAUUUGUCAGAAGCCCGUGUGUUAUUCUACAUAUAUUGCCUCAUAUUUACUCCACUAUUACUUAUAAGUACUAUGUUAAAAUAACUUGUGCAUACAAACGAAGAUUUUACAAAUACGUGCAAAUUUUAUUGUCACAUUCAAAUCUUACUACGUGUACUUUAAAAACCUUCAUCAUCAUCAACUCAGUAUAUGUCCCUAAC